AUGGGUGCUGUCCUGGACAUUUGUGCCUUUGCAGAAUCUCUGAAGUCUAAAGGAUGGCAAUUUUAGCUGCUAAUUCAGACAGGGUUUGUUUGCCUGUUUGUUUCUUGUCUCUUAGGAUGUACCCUCAGAUCUUCUGCCCAUGAUCAUAGAUGAAUAUCUGGGAGACACAGAGGAUCCUGCAGAGCUACGGGACCGAUUCGUGGACCUGCUGGGGGACAUGGCAAUUGUCAUGCCAGCCAUUAAAGCACUGAAUUAUCACAGGGAGUCUGGAGCUCCCACCUACUUCUUUGAAUUCCAGCACCGGCCCAGUGCUUACUGGGACAGCAAACCAGACUAUGUGAAGGCUGACCACGGGGAUGAAGUUGGUUUUGUCUUUGGGGGGCCAUUUCUGGCUGGGGACAUCCAGCUCCGCAGUGAAGUUACAGAGGAAGAGAAGAACCUCAGCAGAACUCUAAUGAAGUACUGGGCUAACUUUGCUCACAAUGGAAACCCUAACGGAGAGGGUCUGGUUGAAUGGCCAUCGUACAACCGAAAUGAAAAAUACUUGCAGAUAAAUCUACAGCAGAAGAAAGUUGAAAGAAAAGAAAGCGGAAUUCUGGAAAAAAGUGAUGCUUGAAAAAGCAAAUAGCAAAAGCAUGCAAAACAAGAAGUUUAAAUUAGAGUUAUAGUUUACAGUCUGAAAAAUCACAUAAUAUGCAAUCAAUUAGGAUAUUUUAAAAACUAACUGAAGAAUAUUUGAGAAUAAAAUUGCAUUUCCUUUCUUUUCAGCUUUUUUUCACAGUUGUCAUACUUGCAAUUAUUCACUGUAAUAAUUCCAGUUGAUCCUCACUUGUUAGAUACCAGAUUUGUCCAAUGCUCAGGUUUCUCUGUCACUCCCCCAUGACUGAAGACAAGGUAGCAGCAACGCUGUUUUAAUAAAGUGAAACCAGUGAAGACGCAA